CCCCGAAGAUGCCGGCCAACGAGGGUGCUCUGGGGGAACCCAUGGGGGAGACCGUGGGCUACGGGACGACCGAGACAGCGGAGCCGGUGUGCGUAUCGGGCCCCACGAAGGGCGCGGCAGUGCCGCCCUCUGGCGAGGCCCUCCCGAAGGAGUCGAGCCGCGAGCCGAGCCCCGACAGAGCGCGCCGCAGUCUGCCCCUCCGAGAAGCCCACGAGCGCUUCCUGAGGGACUCCCUGGACCUCAUCCUCGAGAAGGCUGUCUUCGAGGGUACCUCCAGACAGGGCCGAGUGGUGGAGUGGAUGGAGCCAGGGCUGCUGCGGUCCAUCCUGGACCUGAAACUCCCGGUGAACGGGGUGUCCCACGACGAGCUCCUCCGGCUGAUAAGCCAGGUGAUAAGGUACAGCGUGAAGACCGGGCACCCUCGGUUCGUCAAUCAGCUGUUCUCCAGCGUGGACCCCUACGGACUGGUGGGCCAAUGGCUGACGGACUCGCUCAACCCCUCGGUCUACACCUACGAGGUCUCCCCGGUGUUCUCCCUGAUGGAGGAGGAGGUGUUGCGGGAGAUGCGGAAGAUAGUCGGCUGGAAGGACGGCCGGGGUGACGGGAUCUUCUGUCCAGGAGGGUCCAUGGCAAAUGGCUACGCCAUCAACCUCGCCCGCCACCACAGGUUCCCCGAGUCGAAGGAGACCGGGCUGGUAGGGGUUGGUCGUCCAGUGGUCUUCACCUCCGAGGACGCCCACUACUCCGUGAAGAAGCUGGCCGCUUUCCUGGGCCUGGGCACGAGGAACGUCUACUCGGUCAAGGUGGACCACCGAGGGAAGAUGUGCCCGAGGGAUCUGGAGGAGCAGGUGGCCAGGGCGAUGGCAGAGGGGGCGGUGCCGCUGAUGGUGUCCGCCACCGCCGGGACCACCGUCCUGGGGGCCUUCGAUCCCCUCAGGGAGAUCGCGGCGACCUGCGCCAAGUACAGGAUGUGGCUCCACGUCGACGCCGCCUGGGGCGGGGGCGCCUUGAUGUCCUCCAGGCACCGGCAUCUCCUGGAGGGCGUUGAACUCGCCGACUCCGUCACUUGGAACCCCCACAAGCUGUUGGCGGCGCCUCAGCAGUGCUCCACCCUGCUGCUGCGACACCAGGGUCUCCUCCAGGCCGCCCACGGGAUGCAGGCGACGUAUCUCUUCCAGAAGGACAAGUUCUACGACACGGCAUACGACUCCGGGGACAAGCACAUCCAGUGCGGCCGCAGGGCCGACGUCCUCAAGUUCUGGUUCAUGUGGAAGGCCAAGGGCACCAAGGGCCUCGAGACCCACGUCGACCGGGUCUUCGAGUUGUCCAGAUACUUCACCAACCUGAUCCGCUUCAGAGAGGGCUGGAGGCUCCUGCUCGAGCCAGAGUGCACCAACGUCUGCUUCAGGUACACCCCGCCGUCCAUGAGGAAGCUCAAGCCUUCCGACCUCGCCAAAGCCCUCCACAUGGUCGCGCCGAUCCUGAAAGAGAGGAUGGUCAAGAAGGGCACGAUGCUGGUCACUUACCAGCCCAUUCGCGGGGAGCCCAACUUCUUCAGGCUCGUCCUCCAGAACUCGGCCCUCACCGAGGCGGACAUGACCUUCUUCGUAGAGGAGUUCGAGAGGCUCGGAAGUGAUCUCUGAGACGAGCUGCGGAUCCUGCAGUCUUCUCCGUGUACAUAUUGCGUCUAGUUUAGCACUCAAGGGUAGUCCAUGUCGGAUUAACCCGUCAAUGUAAUCGCCUUA